AUGGCGAACCGGCUGACCCUCCCUACUCUCGAUAAACUCAGAAGUUCAGUUUCUCCCGAUGUCGACGUUCAAGCGGUAGCCGGUCAAUGGUUCUCAGCUUUCACGGAAGCGAUCCGAUCAAAGAACGUACCAGCAAUCAUAGAUCUCCUUGUCGAUGACGUCUUCUGGCGCGAUAUGCUCGCUCUCACAUGGGACAUUCGUACCUUCCAAAGCACCCCUUCUGUUGAAAAAUUCCUCACAGAUCGGCUCCCACUGUUUACUUUGUCUUCUUUCACGCUCAAGAAAGAUCUUGUAGAGCUUCAGAAACCAUUCCCCGAUCUCGCGUGGAUACAGGCGUUUUUUGGCUUUGAAACUACAGUCGGGAUUGCCUCUGGGGUGUUCAGGCUUGUACCACUUGCAGAUGGCUCAUGGAAGGCCCAUACGAUCUUCACGAACUUGGAAGAUCUCAAAGGUUUCCCUGAACAGAAUGGUCCCAGGCGGAACCACCAGCCAAACCAUGGAAAGUGGGCUGCGAAGCGUGCACGUGAGAUUGAGUGUCUCGACGAGGAGCCCAGCGUCAUAAUCAUAGGAGGCGGGCAGAGUGGGCUUGACGUAGCAGCGCGGCUUAAGAUGCUUGGCAUGAAGAAUCUGGUGGUGGAGAAGAACGAGAGAAUCGGUGAUAAUUGGAGGAAGCGUUAUGAAGCGCUGUGUCUCCACGAUCCCGUCGGGCAUGGCCACAUGCCAUACAUUCCUUUCCCGUCUUCAUGGCCUUUAUAUACCCCUGCGCUGAAACUUGCAGAUUGGCUGGAAUUCAUAUGCACACAGUAUGGAGCUCGAUGUGUGGACCAGUGCCACCGUGAUACGGAAGGAAGCGAACCUUUGAGGUCAAUCAUGUCGUGUUUGCCUUGGGUUUCGGCUAGUGGUAUGGCGAACAUACCGGAUAUCCCAGGUCAGGACGAGUUCAAGGGGCAGAUAUUGCAUUCCAUAAAAUACAACCUUGCGACCGAUCACGCAGGAAAGAAGGUUGUUGUUGUUGGGGCGUGCACGUCUGCGCAUGACAUAUGUGCCGACUACGCUGAACAUGGCGUUGAUGUGACCAUGGUUCAACGCAGCCCAACUUACAUCAUGUCCGUAAAGGAGGGCAUGCCGAGGUUAAUGGCGAUGUUCUGGGAGGGUGGCCCUCCCACUGAUAUCGCAGAUCGCGUGGGCGCGUCUUAUCCGAAUUUUCUGACCAAGUUACUGCACCAACGCCUUACCAAGGUCAUUGCUAAGGCGGAUAAAGAGAUCCUUGACGGGCUGCGAAAACGGGGCUUCAAGUUAACGUUUGGCGAGGACGACUCGGGUCUUUUGUCUUUGGUGUUGAGUAAGGCAGGAGGAUAUUAUCUCGACGUCGGAGCUUCACAGAUGAUUAUCGAUGGGAAGAUCAAACUCAAGAGCGAUGGGCCAAUCUCGCGCUUUACGCAGACAGGUUUGCUCUUCGAAGACGGUUCCACUCUCGAUGCGGACGUGGUCGUUUUCGCUACUGGCUACGCCGAUACACGUGAUGCCUAUCGUGCGCUACUUCCGGAGUCCCUACAUGACAAAGUGUAUCCUAUCUGGGGCCUUGACAAAGAAGGAGAGUUGAACACUGUCUGGCGCGAAGUUGGUGGGCGCGGCAAAGAGGGGGAAGCACUUAAUGGUAUAUGGAGUAUGAUGGGGAACUUGGCGCGUUGUAGGUUCCACUCCAAGCAUCUCGCAUUGCAAAUCAAAUCAUACGAGGAAGGGAUUUUCGGGACGAGGUAUCAAUGA